AUGGCCCAAGGGCUGGGGCGCACAAGGAGGCAACUGGCUCGCCGUGACCCUGGCGGCUCGGCAUUGUCCGCGUCGCUGCUCCUGCUGCUGCUGCUGCUGCUGCUGCUGGCCUGGGCUGCGGCGGGGGCCAGAGGGCAGGGGCCCCUCGCGUUCCCGUUCGCCGUUACGAACCUGGCCGUGAGCGGGAAGCGCUUCCUGGUGGCCAGCGGCAACUGCUGGUACGAAGUGGCGCCUUCGCUGGCGUGGAAGGAGGAGCGCUACUGCCAGCCAGCGGAGAGCUCCUGCGGGGAGACGGUGGCCUCGGUCAACAAGCUGCUGCUGCCCUUCGGCCACGACCGCCUGCUCACCUGUUGGACCCAGCCGCGGGGCAGCUGCUACAAGGAGAAGCUCUCCAACGGAGGCCUCCCGCAGCUGCGGACGAAGUUGGGCGACGAAUUGGUGAGCUACGUGCCGCGGGGCGCCGCGGCCGGGCUGAUGUAUUGCGACGACAAUUGCUCACACUGGUCCCUGGUCGUGGCCACGACCCACAUGCUGAACAACUGCCUCACCGAUGCCCCCCCGGCGAGCAUCGCCAACAAGGCGGUCUUCCUCAUAAAAGAAGACGAGAGGAGCGUGCCCGAAGACAAGCAGCUGGCCUUGAACGGGGAGCAGCACCUGUACUUCGAGGAUGCCUUUCGCUGGCAGAAGUACUUCUUUUUCCCUUACUAUCAUAACAAUUUCAGCGUGGAGGCCAAGAUGCUCAUCGCCCUGCAUGAGCAAGACACCUUCAAGCACAACAGCCAGAUCUUGCAGUGUGGCGACGGCAGCAAGACCAAAGUUCUUUCCUCGGCGUACCUGGAGCAGCGCGCGCUGUGGGCCGGGAUUUUCGGCUCAGCCCCAGGUCCCGCCACGCCGACUUCCACGGCCCUGUGCAUCUUUGCUCUGCAGGACUUGCUGAAGAACGCGGAGAACUGCAGGUUCAGCGGGUCCUCCGAGUUCGUUUCGGAACCCAGUCCUCCAAACACGUGUGUGCAGAUUAUACAGCCAAUCAACAACUCAACUUCUCUGUCUCACUUUAAUUUGGUUUCAGUUUAUGCCACUGUGCUUCUAAACAAGAUCGUUCUAUUUUUAGGGACAGGAAAUGGGCAGCUAUUGAAGAUUGUUCUUGAUGACAACAUGAAGCCAAAUUGUCCAGAAAUUUUAUAUGAAAUUGAGGAAGAAACACCCAUUUUCCAUAGGCUUGAACUUGACCCUAUGGAUCAGGAUUACAUCUAUCUACCAUCUAAUAAAAUGAUCAGGAGAAUACAGGUUGCAAACUGCAGCAAGUAUAUUUCCUGUGGAGACUGUUUAUCUGCAAUGGACCCACACUGUGGAUGGUGUUAUACAAAGAAAAGCUGCAUUUUAAAAGGAGAAUGUUCAUUUCCUAAUAACUCACUGAACUGGGCAAAUAUUUCAUAUGGCACGGAUAAGUGCCUGAAAAUCUACACUUCUCAACUCAACAGAGAUGAGGUUCGUGUGAGAGUGGAUGUAAAUUCUUUUGGUCUUCCUGAAGAACCUUCGCAUUGCAAGAUGUUAAAUGCAAGGACCAGUAAAAUUCUUUGUGAUGUGAAUCAACGCCAUAUGAAUUGUUCCUGUGACUUGAAUAUUGAAGAUCUAAGAGAAAACGUUCAAGUGACAUUCAUCUCAGGAACUUGGCAUUUAUCAGAAAUACUUGAGUUUAACCACUGUUCCUCUCAAAAAACAUGCUCAGAAUGUAAUCGUACUGGCUGUACCUGGAAUGCUAGAGGAAAAAAAUGUGUUGUCUCUGCUACGACUUGUACAAGAAAAAUUGAUUGUAAUGGCACUGUCAAGACAGUAAAUGGAAAAAAUCAUUCACUGAGAUCAAAGCCUAUGAAAAUUACUUCCAUUGAACCAAAUUGGAUAUCAACAUUAGGUAAACAUGAAGUGCUAGUCAUAGGAGAAAAUUUUAGAAAAUCAAAUAUUUUGAUGGAGAUAACUGGAACCAGUAGCUGCCAACGAGAUGUGGGAUAUGUUACUAAAGUGUUAAAUGACACACACAUGAAAUUCUGUUUACCACCAAGUCGCAAAGAAGUCAAGAAUGCAUGCAUAAAGGAAAAUGGGUUUGAGUGUUCAGCCUCUGUUCCACUAUAUUAUGUCUCUCUUCCAUCAUGUUCGAAGAUCCUUCCAAAUAUUACAUGGAUGAGUGGAGGUCGCAAUAUAACUAUACAUGGGAAAUAUCUGAAUAUCACAGAUGCAGUUAUUAUUUUAGGUGAUUUGACGCAAAACGUGAUGCAAUUUACUUGCCAUAAAAAUAGUUUUGAAUGCAAUUUUACAACACCAGCUAUUAAGAUGGAGAAAGGAACUAAGAUUAUUAGCAUUGUUCUUCAAGUUGAAAAUAUUCGUAUACCUUGCGGUAAAUUUCAAUAUUAUCCUGAUCCUAAGUUCAUUCGCUAUGAACUCAUAACUGAUUUGGAACCUGACCUGGAAUUGAAAAUACAUAAAGAAAAUGACAACUUAAAUCUUUCUAGAAAUGAACUUGAAAUUUUUUUAUCUCACAUGCCUGGUAACCAACCGAUAAACAUAACUUUCAGUGUCCAAAAUAUUUCAGAAGCUGCUACUCGUAGCAUUAUACACUGUAGAGCUAAACAGGAAAAAAAUCUUACCAGCAAGAUUAAUAAGUCAAGUGUGAAAGUUUAUGUCAAGGUGGGGAAUUUUGUGUAUGAAGUUCCGAAUGAAAACAACUAUUCAUUCUUCUACAUUCUUUUGUUAAUCCCUGUAGUGAUUGUGGUUGCAGUUUUUGUCACCCAGCGAAAAUCCAAGCAAUUAAAUCGAAAAUUGAGUGAACAUCUGGAGCUAUUGGAAUGUGAACUUCGUAAAGAAAUACGGGAGGGAUUUGUUGAACUACAAGUUGAAGAAUUGGAUAUAGUUGAUAGUUUUGGAACAAUUCCAUUUCUUGACUACAAACAUUUUGUUCUUAGGACUUUCUUCCCAGAGACUAUGGGCACUUCAUCUAGAUUUAUUGAAGACUCUAAUGAACCACUGAGCAGAGACCAGGGGCUAUAUGCAUUAAUUUGCAACAAACAUUUCCUUGUUACUCUGAUUCACACUCUUGAAAAACAGAAAACCUUUUCUGUGAAGGACAGAAGUUUCUUUGCCUCUUUCUUGACAAUUGCACUACAGACCAACCUAGUCUACUUAACUAAUAUUCUAGAAGUUUUGACAAGAGAUUUGAUGGAACAGUCUAGCAAUAUACAACCUAAGCUGAUGCUAAGGCGUACAGAAUCAGUAGUAGAAAAGCUGCUUACAAAUUGGAUGUCAGUUUGCCUUUCUGGUUUUCUUCGGGAAACAGUUGGGGAACCAUUCUAUUUACUUGUGACAACUUUAAAUCAAAGGAUUAUCAAGGGUCCUGUGGAUGUAAUAACAUGCAAGGCCUUGUACACACUAAAUGAAGACUGGUUACUGUGGCAAGCACCAGAAUUCAGCACAGUGGUAUUAAAUGUUGUCUUUGAAAAUAUCCAAGAAAAUGAGGCCGAAGGCACUGGUCAGAAUAUCCAAGUUAAAGUCCUGGAUUGUGACAGCAUAGGACAGGCCAAAGAGAAGAUGCUACAGGCCUUUCUAAACAAGAAUGGAUCCCUCUAUGGUCUACAGUUAAGAGAAAUGGGCCUGACUCUUGAGUCAGGUUCCCAAACAAAAGAACUUCUGGAUGUAGAUGGUUCCUCAGUGAUUCUGGAAAAUGGGAUUACUAAACUGAACACCAUAGGCCACUAUGAGAUUUCAGAUGGAGCAACAAUUAAAGUCUUUAAGAAGAAACAAGAUCUAUCAGCUGAUGGAGAAUAUUCUGAGGACUAUUGCCAUCUGAUAUUACCAGAUGCAGAAGCAGCCAAAGAAACACAGAAUGCAAAACAUAAAGGAAAACGAAAAUUUAAAGUCAAGGAAAUGUAUCUCACUAAACUUCUCUCUACUAAGGUUGCUAUCCACUCAACUGUUGAAAAGCUCUUUAGAAGCAUUUGGACUUUGCCUAACAACAAAGCACCAGCUGCUAUUAAAUAUUUUUUUGAUUUUCUGGAUGCUCAAGCUGAAAAUAAAAAAAUUACAGAUCCCGAUGUGGUUCAUAUAUGGAAAACCAACAGUCUUCCUCUUCGAUUCUGGGUGAAUAUUGUGAAGAAUCCUCAAUUUGUCUUUGAUAUUAAAAAGACUCCACAUAUAGACGGCUGUCUGUCAGUCAUUGCACAAGCAUUUAUGGAUGCGUUUUCUCUGUCAGAGCAACAGUUGGGAAAGGAAGCACCAACAAAUAAACUUCUCUAUGCUAAGGACAUACCACUUUAUAAAGAGGAAGUCAAAGCUUUCUAUAAAGCAAUAAGGGAUUUGCCUUCACUGCCCAGAUCAGAGCUAGAUGAAUUUUUAAUUCUGGAGUCACAGAAACAUGAAAAUGAGUUUAAUGAGGCUGAGGCCUUGAAUAAAAUUUACCAAUAUAUAGCAAGAUACUUUGAUAAGAUACUGAAUAAAUUAGAGACAGAACGAGGGUUGGAAGAAGCCCGACAGCAACUCUUGAAUGUAAAAUGUUUAAUGGAUGAAAAGAAAAAAUGCAAAUGGGCUUAGAAGGAAUUUUAUAACUGCUGCUGUUAUGGAACCAAAUUCAAAAUAUUGGCCAACCCAGUUCUAUUCAUACAAAACUAGCAACGGAUGCCCUCAAAUUGGAAAGCCAACUCCAGAUGCAUCCCAUCGACAAAGUGGAGCCUGGAUUCAGAAGUAUACCUGUCUACUGCUGGCAUCUGAAGCAAUCUCUCGUGUGCAGAUCUCCCCUCCUAGGCUGAAGCAAUCAAGUCAUUUUGGUAGAAUUUUUUUAAUUAAAAACAAACAAAAAUACAGAUCCUAUAUAAACAAACUGCUUGCAUUAUACUUCACAAUUUUGUCUAAUUUCUGUGCUCUCACUGAGCAGUUAUUUAUGUGCCUUAAAAGACUUCUCUGUUGGUUUCAGAUAAGCACAAAUAUAUCCUCUUGUUAAUAGUCUGAGCACCAAAAUUAUUAGGAGCUUUCAACUGCUAUAUGGUUUUACAAUGAAGUGCAGGUUUUCAGCUUCCCACAAAUAAUUGUGCAUUGUGGGAUAACUAAAAGUGAUGUGGGAAUGAAGUGAAGAUUUCCAGCAUAUUGAUAUAGCAAGGUACUCGACCUCUUACUAAGGUAAAGUUGGCUUCAUGUCAAGCUCAACCUCUGAUGUCAUCAUGGACACGUCCAUGUAAUUUUCUUGGCAUGAUAAUGGAAGUGGAUUGCAAUGGCUCCAGCUUCCCAAUCUUCUGUAUGCAAAUAGCCUAAUUUACACUUUGAAAUUUUUCCAUCAUUGUAUCUGCACUUUUUAAAAAUAGAGAUGGCAGUCUUUCCUAUCUGUACUUUCAUUAGUACAUACCUGUAUUGUAAAUAUAAGGGCAAAAGAAAAAUUACAAAGAGGUUGUUUUUUACAACUCAAGAUUCCUAAAUGUAUCAUAAUUUCACUGUUGACUGUAAAGUAACUGUGGGGGAGGGUGUCACAGUCAGGUGCAUACUCUUCCUACCGACUCAGCUUGUAUGCAGUUUGAAUACAGACUUUCUCAGCUGAAUUUUGUAGGGCUAUGCAGUGCCUGGAUUUGAAGGCAAAACUAUAUUCCUACACAUGUCUGCAACUCCUUCAGGAAACUGUAUCUUUUCCUGGGAUUCGGGUGCUGCUCCACAGUUGCAGCAGAAUCCCAUGAAAAGAUAUGUUUGGUGUAAGGAGUGCUAUGGGCACACUCUGUAUCGUCUUCUUGCCUUCAAAUAUGAAACACUGCUCAGCUCUAAAAUUUAGAGUUCCUUUGUUGCCUAUUGCAUCCUGCUCAGAGUAGUAGUUGCUGGGAGCACGUCAGCAGAAGUUUGCAACGAUUUUAUAAUUUUUUAAAAAAGAAAAAUUUAAAAGUGCCUCAACAAAUAGACAUUAUAACAGGCUCUUGCCCCACUACUUCUUGCUAGAAAAACCCUGACAUUAAUAUUGGCAAGCUUAACUAGCUAUUAUAGGCUGAUGAUAGGACAAACGGUUGGCUUGUCCUGCAAAAUAAAUUAAAUAGAUGUGUUCUAAUAGAUA